AUGGCGUUUUGCGACGGUUCUAUAGCCACUUUCCUUCCACUUCUUCUGCUCUUCUGCUUUCUCUCUACGACAAGCUUCUCUGACGCUAUCCCCUCCACGUUGGACGGUCCUUUCACUCCGGUGACGAUUACAUUAGACACCUCUCUCCGGGGAAAAGCAGUUGACUUGCCAGACACGGAUCCUCGUGUCCAACGCUACGUCACCGGUUUCGAGCCGGAGCAGAUUUCUCUAGCUCUUUCCUCCAACUACGAUUCCGUAUGGGUCUCUUGGAUCACAGGUGAGUUCCAAAUCGGUACGAACGUGAAGCCAUUAGAUCCGACAAGUAUCGAUAGUAUUGUCCAGUUUGGUACUUCGUCGGGCUCACUGACUCAUACAGUCAAAGGAUCUUCACUUGUUUAUAAUCAACUUUACCCAUUUGAGGGUCUCCUUAACUAUACUUCUGGAAUCAUACACCAUGUUCGCAUUACAGGGCUGAAUCCAAGUACUGUCUAUUACUAUCGAUGUGGGGAUCCUUCACAUGGUAUGAGUAAGAUACACAGUUUUAAGACAAUGCCGGUUUCUAGCCCCACGAGUUACCCCAGCCGAAUAGCAAUUGUGGGUGAUACUGGUCUAACUUACAACACAACAGCUACAAUAAGUCAUUUGGUUCAGAACAAUCCGGAUCUUGUUUUACUGGUCGGUGACGUGAGCUACGCAAACUUGUAUCUAACGAACGGGACUAGCUCAGAUUGUUAUUCUUGUAAUUUCUCAAAUACACCUAUACACGAGACGUAUCAGCCACGUUGGGAUUAUUGGGGUAGAUUUAUGGAGAAUCUUACUUCUAGAGUUCCUCUUAUGGUGGUUGAAGGAAACCAUGAGCUUGAAUUACAAGCUGGGAACAAAACAUUUGAAGCUUAUAGCUCGAGAUUUGCUUUCCCUUAUGUAGAAAGUGGCUCUACUUCGAAGUUUUAUUAUUCCUUUAACGCUGGUGGGAUUCACUUUGUUAUGCUUGGUGCCUACAUCGACUUUGCUAGAUCAGGGGCGCAAUACGAGUGGUUAAAGAGAGAUCUUGCUAAAUUCAAUAGAUCGGUAACUCCAUGGUUAGUAGUUACUUGGCAUCCACCAUGGUACAGCACUUACACAGCGCAUUACAAAGAAGCUGAAUGUAUGAAAGUUCAUGCUUAUGAACGGUCUAACAGAGUAUACAACUACCAACUAGACCCAUGUGGUCCAGUUCACAUAGUGAUUGGUGAUGGAGGUAACCGUGAAAAGAUGGCGAUUGAGCACACCGAUGAACCAGGUAAAUGUCCUGACCCAUUAUCCACACCAGAUGCAGCCAUGGGCGGGCAAUUUUGCCCUUCGAACUCCACCGCGACUGGUGCGUUCUGUUGGGACCAGCAACCUCCUUAUAGUGCCUUGAGAGAAAGCAGCUUUGGCCAUGGAAUCCUAGAGAUGAAGAACGCUACAUGGGCACUAUGGACAUGGCACAGGAAUCAGGACACUAACAGUCAAGUUGGAGAUCAGAUUUACAUUGUGAGACAACCUGAUCUAUGUCCCCCUCACAAUGUCACAACCUGA